CUGGGGGACACCACUCGUCACCGGCCUCCCCCUGGACAUAGAGCCAUUGACAACAGCCCUCUGGCUGCGACCAUCCAACCAAUUCCUUAUCCACAGAAUGGCACAGCCUUCAAAUCUAUCUCUCUCCAUUUAGAGUUAAAGAUGUGAUAUGGGACCAUGUCCAAGGCCUUGCACAAUUCCAGGCAGAUGACAUCAGCUGCCAGCUCAGGCUGCUCUGGGCUGGACAGGAUUAGCAUAGUGCUGGGGUCCACUUCCAUUGAUCUGAGCCUCAGCUCUGCGACUGGGGCACAAACCCUGGUGGUGCUCUGCAGACCUGGAACGCUGGUGGAAGCAGAACUACAGCCACCUUUGUGCCGCUGAGCCCAGCUGGAGGGUCUCAUGGGGAGAAAGGCUGUUAUUUGGGCUCACAGGGUGGGCAGCUUGCUUUAUGAGGGGCCUCCCCCUGGGACCCAGGCUCAUCUCUCUGUGUGUGGCUCACAGACAUCAAAAGCUUUGGACCCUUGCUGGCUCAGGUAGCACACUGAACUUUUCUUCAGAAGUCAAGUGCUGCCCUGCACGCUGCCUCUCACACUCAUAAUCAGGUUUUCCAUCUUUGUCAUGCACGUGAACACAGUAUCUUUUUUUGUUAAAAAUUAACCGAUUCCCAUUGGUCCAGGCUUCCAAAUUAUUAUUUUUUUUUUUUUUGGGAGCAGAUUAUUGGUUGCUGCCUGGCCUAAAACUCUUAUAAACUAACCCAGUACUCUGCCCCUCCAGAACAAACAGCCAGUGCUCUCUGCUGAGAGGCAGCGAUGGCUGCUUAGCAAGCUGCCUCCUCUGAACACAUCGUUAUUGGGGCGACUCAGGAGCUGCUUCACAAAAUGCAGGACACGCUUCCCAUUUUUAUUCUGAUUGCAUCGGAGCUGUUGGAUUUCUCUGGUGCCCCCAGAGCCGAGCACCAUGUCGGUGCAGCCCCAGACCUGAGCUUUCCUGCAGAAACCCAUCCAAGAGCCGGGAGCAGUCUGGUGCCCGUCACAGAAGAUGACUUGGGUGAGGCGACUGAUUAUUUUCGGACUCCAGUGGCCGAUCCUACCAAUGACAUGACAGCAGACUUCAUUCUGAGCCACACACAGAUGGCUGCAAGAGCAACAGCUGCACUACCAAUGGAGCUGGUGAGGGACGUGGAGGGGUCUGACCAAGGGCACACAGCAGCAGCUGUAAAGCUCCGGGACACACGGCCGUUUCCUAACAAGCUCUUGAGCAGCCUAAGCAGCCCCAUCUCCACAAGGGGGUCACAGGCUGCCACCCACCCACAUCGGUCAGGAAAAGCUGUCACCGUUACCAGCCCAGCAGGCUCUGGUGCUGGCCCCCCCAAGCCCAUUCCCAGUGCAGGGGUGCAGCAAGAUGCUCCUGAGCUUGCAGCUGCCUUGUCCAUCCUGGGUAUCCAGCAGAGGGAGGCACCAAGUCUUGAAACAUCUCCUCUGACAUCAACAGUACAUUUCCAUCCUCCCAGAAAAGAAACAGCAUCUCCAUUUCCCACCAGAGAGAUGGUGACCAACCCAGUGUCAGCACCUCCCACCAGCAAAAGGCCGAGAGACGCGAGCCCCCAGGCUCAGCCUGACAGCAGAGCUGCACAGCCUCGGGGUGUGGGUGAUAAGGUCACCACUUCUACAUUCCUACCAAAGCCAGCUUCUGGGGGCCCUGGUGCAGUUCCUCCCGGAACAACACAGACAACUGCUGGUCAGUUCUCCCCUAUUUUAUCUCUGAAGCGAGGAACGGCAGGCAGCGAGGGCAGGAACUUCACAACAGCUGUCAUAAGCGGGUCUGGACACACAGCCCGGCUGCCUGCUCUGCAGGACGUUCUACAAGGCCGUGCACACUCCUUGUCCUUGCCGAUGCCUCUGGAAGCCCUGGGUCAUGGUGAUUUACCCCACUCUCCAUCUCAAGAGCCCACUAAUGCCGCUGACAGACCGCAGCCUCUCCCUUUACCCCGGACUCUCAACUGUACCAAACACCACUCCUCCCAAGAAACCCACAGGAGCUCUCAAGGAAGCACAGCCCUGGUUUUGCAAAGAGAUGCUGAUCACCAGUUGACAAGUAAACCUGAGAACUCCAGAUUCCCCAAGAAGCCACAGGUUUCUGCUAGUGCAUCCUCAGUAAGCCAGUCACAGAUGUCCACCUUAAACCUUUCCCGAACUACUACAGAGACAAAAGGAGCUACAUCUGCACUCCCCCCAGGCACGUCCACGCUGGAGCAUGCAGCCCUUCGAGCCAUGAGUGCUCCUGAUUCUGUUCAUGCAGCACUUCAGCCACCGCAUGUAUCUGCUCCUUCUGCUGGAUCCCAGUUUGUGGGCAUCCCCACUUCUGCUGGGCAAGGACUUCACAUACCAGCUUCACCCACUUCAGCUCACUCUGGGUCUCUGCAUCCAUCCUCUGCUCAGGAAAGCCAGCCCAGCACAACAGUACUCCCCGAACUGGUGGGAGCUGCUGUUUCUGAGGGGAUCCCAGCACACCUGGCACAGCUGCUGGUGCAGCAGUUGGGUACAUCACACCACGCAUCUACCAAAAACCUCAGUGCUAUCAGAAUUGAUCCCCUGAAUAUGUUACCAUCAUACCCGUAUUUGUCGUUCCUGCUUAGAAAUACCGAUGGCAUGCUAUGCCUGCUUCCCAUGCAGGAUUCCCCGUUGCCUACACAAUUCCCAAAUAUCAGCAUUGGGACUCUGGUUUCUGCUCAGCAAAUCCUCACAGUGUCAAAUUCUUCGUUAUUAGAUCUUGGGGACUUACCAAACCUGAGCCUUUCCAGCUUAAUCCUGGUUAAGCCCAUAUUUAUCCUCCUUCCCACCGACAGACAAGGCUCACAGGGGGGGCCCUCUCCUGAGGGUGAAGACAGCCACAGAGCCUUCUUGUUCACAAACCAGCAAGGUGUGAAUGCAGUUACCGCUGAACGCAGCCGUGACAUCCCGGUGGUGUCCACGCGCAGCCCCCGUACAGCCCCCAGAGCACCUCUCACAGCUGGGAAGCCGCUUUCUUCACCACUGCCAGCAGUGGGACCGCCCGAUCCCCCACUCCCAGCCCAGCCUCCAUUUGCCAUCACAGGGGCAGUGGAUCAGGCUCAGCCCAGCAAGGAGCCAGCGCUGCAAGGCACCAGUCAGGGCUCGGGCCCUGCACCGUCCUCUGCCCGUGCACAGUGCACUGAGUGUCUGCACUCAGCCAGAACCACAAAUUACCCAUUGAGGAUGUCCACAAACACUGUGCCUUUGCAGUCCACACCACAAAUUAUCCUCAGCUCUGAGCCGCUCCAAAGGCAGGCAUCACCAGCUGGGCUUGUGCCCAGCACUGUGCCAGCAUCCCCAGUGUCUCCCAGUGGCAGCAAAGGGAGAGGUUCAGCUGCGGGCAGCACCGCCUGUCCAGGAGCAGCUCUGCAUCCCAAGGCAGCAGCAACCCCACCCACUUCUAUAAGUCCUCACCUCACCAAGCACCUGGAGCUAACAUCCUCCGUGCCCAAGUUCUCAGCGGUGCUGGAGACCCCAGUGCUAACACCAGUGCUUUCCCCAUUUCCAUCAAAGGUCUACAUGAAAACAACAACAUCUGGGAAGCAGUUGGCUGCAGUUACCCAUCUGAGAAUGUACACCAGGUCCCCUGCAAGCCCACCUUCCUCGGUAUCCAUGCAUGCUCCCCUGCCAUCAGCCACAAAACAUGACCGGAGCACCCAAGCACAGGGCAAUGUGGGAGGAGAUGCAAAGCCAACUGAAGUCAGCACAAGUGCAAGGAAAACAGGACUUGCAGGAAGCAGCAUGCCUCUGCCAGCUGCUUUUAACACAGGGACAGAGCAGCGCCCCGCAGCAGUGCAGGGCAGCGAGGCUGCUUUAGCCCCAGUGCAGUCUGUGUCUGCAGAAGCCGUGACUGAGAGACACAGCUCCACUGGGCAGCGCCCUGGGCCGCCUACAACAGGAUCAGCUGUGGGGCUGCCCCUGAGCACCGAGGAAGAGGAGGAGGUCGGACCCCGCGAGGUGACGGAAGAAGCAGCCGAAGGCUCAGUGACAAGUCUCACACCACUGGGGUCACGGCCAGGAGAACCCCGCCGCCGCAGUGCCGUGCAGCCGGAGGGCACCGUGCUGAGCGGUGUUGCGGUUGUCAGCGACGAGCUCUGUGGCUCCGGGAACUACACGGUGCGGAUGACUCUGCGCCCCAUGGCAGACACCAGCCUGGGGCUGCAGGGCUCAUCCCCCGCCCAGGACUCCUUCCUGGCUCUCGUGGCUGUGCAGAGCAGCCUCCAGCCCGUGCUGCAGGUCCACUCCUGCUGCGUGACACCAUCCAGCAGCCUGCAGGGCCCCAGCGCCGUGUGCUGCCCACUGCCCAGUGUUAUCUUUGUGCAGCAUCCUCCUGCCCUUCCUCCUGGGGGAGCUCACAGCCCGGUUGCAGAGCAGCCCACAGGUGGGAGACCCUGGCUGCAGUGAGAGCUCACCUCUGUGCUGCCUCUGCAUCUGGGUCAGGCGAUGAGCACCACACCACUGCAGCCCUUUUAGAGGUUUUAGCACAAGAAACUUCCAAGAAACAAUUCUACUGCUCUAGGACCAAAGCUUCCACAGCAGGCAUACAUCCAGGCCGAGACACUGAGAUAUGGGGGAAUUUUGUUUGUCUGGGACCUGGCAGACAGCCUGUGCAGAGCAGUGUCUGCCCCUUCCCUUACCUGGGGAGUGCUGGAAGUUGAAGCUGUUUUCUGUUUGCCCU